CGCAGCGCACGACGCCGUACUUUCUUCUCCAUUGGGCAGUCAGACAGAACGGCCGUGUAACGAGCUAUCGGCGAGCAUUCAAGUAGCUUUGUGCUCAUACAGUGCAUCGUGGUGUGCCGCGUAUCGUAACUUACGCGGGUAAUAUCGACAGAUAAAAAGCAGACGCGAUGGCCGAUCAGGAGAGCAAGGAUUUCAGCGACGACAUCGCGGAACAAAACUUCGCGGAGCAGAACGGCGAGGCCGAUAACAACGGCGAGAAUAACGUCGCAGAGAACAAUCAGGAGUCGCAAGAAGACAGGUCGGCCGGGGCUAACCAGGAUUCUCUAAACGAUAGGAAAUUAUUCGUCGGUGGUUUAAGCUGGGAAACGACAGACAAGGAAUUGCGAGAACAUUUCAGCGCAUAUGGUGAUAUUGAAAGCAUCAAUGUGAAGACAGAUCCAAAUACAGGACGAUCGAGAGGAUUUGCCUUCAUCGUUUUUGCUAAAGCUGAAUCUCUUGAUAAGAUUAUGUCUGCUGGUGAUCACGUUAUCAACAACAAAAAGGUUGAUCCUAAAAAGGCAAAAGCCAGACACGGGAAAAUAUUCGUCGGCGGGCUUUCGACAGAACUUUCCGAUGAUGAUAUCAAGAAUUUCUUUUCACAGUUUGGAACUAUUGUCGAGGUAGAGAUGCCAUUCGACAAAACAAAAAAUCAGAGGAAAGGAUUCUGUUUCAUCACUUUUGAAUCUGAACAAGUGGUGAAUGAACUGUUGAAAACUUCGAAACAAACGAUAAAUGGUAAAGAGGUUGAUGUAAAAAAAGCAACACCCAAGCCCGAUGGAAUGAUCGGUAUGCGCGGUGGACCUGGCGGCCGUGGCAGUCGUGGCGCCAGAGGUGGCCGAGGUCGAGGAUUUGGUCAAGGUGGAUGGGGACAGGGUGGCUAUGGCGGCGGUUAUAGUGGUGGCUACGGUCAAGGAGGAUACGGCGGUGGCUACGAUGGAUACGGAUACGAUUAUUACGGUGGGGGUGGGUACGGAGGUUACAGCGGCUACGACUACAGUGGAUACGACGGAUAUGGAUAUGGCAGUGGUAAUUACGACGGUGGCUACAGUGGCGGGCGCGGUGGCGCACGCGGUAAAGGUAUCGCAAGCCGCGGUUUCCGUUUACAAUCACAUUACAACUCGUCCAAUCAUUCCAUUCAAUAUGUAUCAACAUCGGCCAAUAGUCAAAAAAACAAGAUUCGAACUGCAUGAAAUUUUACAGAAACCGUUCCAAUAAUAUUUUGUUGAUUUUGUUUUUGUAUAUACAUAUACGCGCUUGCUUUUUUCAACUUAUAAAACAUUUGCGUGCACGUGCGCACGCAUUGUGUAUAUCGUGAAUGAAUACCUAUAAUAGUAGAUAUUAUUUUAAUUUUUUCUACAAAACGACACGGCAAAACAAUGAUGAACCAUCAUAGAUGAGUAAGCACGCAAUAUGUUUUCUACAUGUCAUGCGAAAAAUCGAUUUGAAAACCGGAUAAAUCGUGCUGUUUAUAACGACCGUGUGAAAUAAUAUAAAAGGAUUACUUCUUCCUUAUUAGUAAGAUAUAAUAAUAGGAUUAAAUAAAUUCGUUUUGUGUACAUAAUAUAUAUCUCAUACAUACAAUUGUAGUUUUGUUCUGACCUCCUAUAUGGCAACUUAAUAUUUUUUUUCUUUUUAAUACACGACAUGUACACAAGAUUUAUGUCUGAAACGUAGAGAUCAUUUAUACACAUAGAUUUAAUAAAAGA